AUGUCCGUCAUUACAGAUACCGUUCUUUCGUUUAAGUUGGCUGCCCUAGUGAUAUACAAGGAGAAGCUACUUGGAGUCACAUUUUUAGUUGCAGCCCUGCUUGUGGCUCAGUUUCACCGAGUCAGAACGGCAACUUCAUUCUUGGUCCGACGUAUUCACGGCGUUUUGUAUCUUUUCUCAGGACCCGAGCUCAUCGAUCGUGCAUAUAAUCGGGCUCAAGGGAAACCCUUCAAAGUUUCCACUCCAUCUAAUGACUAUCUUUUCAUCACGUCCACCAGUCUUAUCAAGGAGCUCAUAAAUGCGCCAUCCCAACACUUAUCGCUACAUGCCGUAGCUAAAGAGAUCCUACAACCUAACUACACGAUGUGUGGUUUUGAGGUGCAAGACCAUCGUGGAAUUGAAGGCACGGGAUAUGUCCGUGCCCUUCGAAGCCUUCUUACUUCUCACCUCCCGAAAUUCCAACCUCAUCUAGAGGGGAUAGUGAAGAAUGCUCUGUUGACUGGGCUGAGAGACGUGCAAUCAGACGGUAUUGAAGCCAACUGGUUUGCGCAUGCCAAAAUUUUCCCUUUGAUGAAGACACUCGUUACUAGAGUCAACUGCUUCAUCUUCUUUGGUGAAGAACUCUCCCAAAACACGGAAUUUACCUCUGCCGCCUUGGAUUUCCCUCAAGACGUGGCCUUUGCGGCUGAGUUUUUGCGUAUCACUCCGGAAUUCAUGCGGCCACUGGUGGCAUCCAUCGCCACCAAUCGACACAAAGCCGCGACAACACUCUACCGCUACCUGGUGCCAAUUAUUGAGCAGCGACUCGCAAUUAGAGGACUUCAGUCCAACGAGGCUACACCUAUGGAUUGUAUGCAAUGGUUGAUUGACAACUCGCCUCGCAAAAACCCCUGGACGCCUGCGAAAAUGGUGGGCGAGAUUAUGGCGGUUUGGUUUGGAUCGGUGCAUCAAUUGGCCAUGACGUCGACAUAUGCGAUUCAAGAUUUAUGUCUACAUCCCGAAUACGUUGAGCCAUUGGCUAUAGAGAUUCGAGACUGCUUUCACGCGGAGGAUUCUCCAAGAGAUGUUGAAAGACUGCCGCUGCUUGACAGCUUCAUCAAGGAAUCAGUUCGCAACAGCAACUUCGAUGCCAUUACGUGCCGGCGCAAGGCUCUCGUUCCGUAUAUCUUCCAAGAUGGCUCAUCCCUCAACAAGGGCGAUUGGGCAUGUAUCCCCCAGCGAGCCAUGAUGCAAGACAGCACGCGAUACAGAGACCCGCAGACUUUUGAUGGCUUCAGAUUCGCGCAUGACAACGCCCAACUCCAUCAUCAAAAGCAACCCAUCAACAUGUCUGACCGGAAGGAGUCCAAGUUUACCGAUGCCACUCUUGAUUGGCCAAUUUGGGGACUUGGCAAUGCGGUUUGUCCCGGCCGAUUCUAUGCCUCGCUAGUGACUAAACUCAUCUUGAUCCGCAUCUUGGAAGACUGGGAGUGCAAGAUACUUGAGCCUGAAGCACCAAGAUCUAUGACCUGGAGGUCGAGCAUCGUGCCCCGGAGCAGCACCAUCAUCAUGUUUCGCAAAAAACAUCUUUAG